AUUAAGAAGAUCGUCCCGAAAGAAAAUCCAAAAAGUUAAAAAGAGAAAAAACUCAUGUUGGGAGAGUGAAACAAAGAGAGAGAUAUCCCUCUCCGCCUCCGGUGCUAUGAACACACCGGUCUGGUGCUGAGAGUCUCUUCGCAAAACCCUUGCCCUUCAAACCACGUUCUAGGGCACAAUCUGACAAUCACAAUCCCCCCUCUGCCCCUCCUCUUCUCCCUUAUCUCCUUUUUUCCCAACCAUGGCCCAUGGUGGCUACGGCAAGCGCAGGGUCAACCCGGCGGCACGCCGAUCGAAGGGUUUGGCCGUUGAAAAGAAGCCCAAGUCCGUCUCCCUCAAGAACCAAAUUCGAUCUGCCGAGCGCAUGCUUCGCAAGAAUUUACCUGCUGAAGUGAGGGACGCUCAAGAAAAGAAGUUGGAAGGACUUAGAAAACAGCAAGAAAUUCAUUCUCGGUUGGCAGUUGAGCGCAAAAUAUUCUUGCGCGACAGGAAGAUAAAAUUUUUUGAGAGGAGAAAAAUUGAAAGAAGAAUUAGGCGGCUUGAGAAACUUCAGCGUGCUCCAUCUGGCCAGUUUCAAGAUUCAGAUGUUGCAGAUCAACUGUCUAAGUUGAAAGAGGAUCUUGAAUAUGUCAGGUUCUUUCCCAAAACAGAAAAAUAUGUAGCUUUAUUUACCGGAAGUGAUGAUUCAGACAUGGUUGAUAGGAGAAAGAAGUUACGUGAGCAGAUUAAAGCCAAUUUGAUUGCUGCGGCGGCUAGUGGAAAGGAUUUAGAAGAGACCGGUAGUGAGGAUGAUGGGUUGCUUGACAUGAGCGAGGAUGAUUUCUUCUUAUGUGGCAGCUCAAGUGAUGAAGCAGAUGCAGAUGAUGAGUGGACAGAUAAAAGUACAAGGGAACAAGCUUCCAGUACUUCCGGCAAAGCAGCAUCCGGCAUGUCUAGUGAUGAAAAAAAUCAUCAGAGGCAGAUUUCUGCCAGAGCCUUGAUGCCUCCUCCUCGUCCUACCAAAUCAUUUUCAAGUUCAGCUCAAGCUUGGACAAAAGCUGGAUCUUCGUUGAGAAAAUCUUCCACAAAUCACAGGGCUGAAUUUUCUACAUCCAGCAAUACAUCAGGUGGUAGAAGUGGAUCUUUUAAAGCUAGGGGAUCCUCAAACUCCUCGCAUACAGGUCAGAGCAGUAAUAUAAGUUCCAAUUCUGAUGCACACAAACCCAGAAGAAAGAGGAGGCCAAAAAAGAAAAAACAACAGGUAUACCCCUUUUUACCAAAAAUUCAUUCCUUCACGCUAAUAUUUGUCUUCUACUUCAUUAACUCCUGUGCUAUGAUAAUUGAAAUUCAAUAUUCGGAAAAUUCUUAUUGAAAUUACCUGAUAAUUAUAGCAGUAUAGCAAGUAUAAAUGUAUAAUGCAUAUUCCUAGUCUCGAUCCCCUUCUCAUAUAUCCUUGUAAGAAGUUGGCUGUUGCUUCAAAGUCCUCUCACUCCCCAGUUCCCACCAUACACACACUUGUGAAUUAUUUAUUUCCAUGUGCUUGUGAAAGUACUUUGUACCAUUGACCAGUCCCCUUUUCACAGGUAUGAUAGAUUGGCCUUGGUGCGCUGUAACAUUACAAGCCUAAACCUGACUUCUGAAGCGGAUUCUGAAUUUAACCCUUCGAUGAAAGUAUCUUAUCUUAUCGGUUCUCGACCCUUUUGGCGGUUUGCUCUGCAUAUAUCAAGGGUUUCAGAAAAAUUAUUUCCUUUAGUUGUGUAAUGAUCUCUAUGAUCUUUUAUUGUGGCUCUUUUUUUUCCCCUUGUUUUCUUUCCUUUUGGAUCAUCAGAAAAAUCUUCACAGGUUGUGGUUUUGGGUGGUUUUCUUUUCUAUACGGUUGAAACUUGUAAUGAAACCUGAAUCUUAUAUACCAUGCUUACUCUGUGGCCUUCGUCAAAA